GAGGAGGCAUGGGCCUUUUGGAGGAGAGGAGCGAGAAGAAUGGAUAUAGCCGUUGAAACCCUCGUCAUGGGUUUGAAACCAGAGGAACAAGUAUGGAGGACAUAUCAAGGAAAGAAAAAAAACAUCUGGUAAGAAAAGGUUUCAGUACUUGAUUCCAUAAGUUGGCUGUUUCGUCUCCCAAUGAACUUUUCUCUUGAUGAUAUUAAAGUGGUAAUGAGUCAAAAGCAAAGAAUAGACUUUCAUACUGGAGUUCAAUUCCCUCGUAGAACACAGACGUCUUUUCUUAUGUCAAAUGUUGCUCACAAAAACUCUAAAAGAUUCAGGCACAAAAUUUUCUGUGCAAUUCAGGCAGUAUCUCCAGGUUUGGAAAAUCUUGGUGAUUCUGUGACUGCAUUUGAAGACUUCACAGCUGCUGCUAAUGCCACUGCGGAUGGACAGAUAAAGAUGAGAGUUGACGUGUCUGGUGCAAAGACCCAGACCAUCUUUGAUGAUGUUUUCUCAAAGUUAGUUGCUGCUGCACAACCAAUUCCCGGAUUUCGGAGAGUGAAAGGAGGGAAAACUCCAGAUAUACCCAAAGAUAUUCUCUUGCACAUUAUUGGACCCUCCAAAGUUAACAAGCAGUCUAUUGAAAAAAUCAUCAACUCUGCUGUUGCUGAAUAUGUUGAGAAGGAAGGCUUGAAGGUCACCAAAGAUCUGAAAGUUGAACAGAGUCUUGAAGAGCUUGAAGCAAUAUUCCAACCUGGGAAAAAUUUCAGCUUUGAUGCAUAUUUGCAGCUUCAAGAAACCAACUCAACCAAAUUUUGAUAUGUUUUUACAUAUUCAAAGUAUUCAAAAGAAACCAAUAGGAUUUGUCAAAUGAAUCUCACCUCCUCUGAUAAUUUUUCUGUUGGCAAUGUGUUGUAUUGUACAGCCAAUAUAAAUCUAUUACAUUCUCCAAAGCUUGCAAAUUUGCAUGUUUGGUGAAAA